AUGGCAGCACGUCAAUCAACGCCAACCUCCGAACAUUCGCAUUCGGAUAGCAAUGUUCGCAAAAGAGUCUGCAAAGCGUGCGAUCGGUGUCGCCUAAAGAAAUCCAAGUGUGACGGAUCCAGCCCUUGUUCCCGGUGUCGGGCAGAUAACGCCAUCUGUGUCUUUGGAGAGCGCAAGAAGGCGCAUGACAAAGUAUACCCGAAGGGAUACGUGGAGAUGUUGGAACAGCAACAAUCCUGGCUGGUGAACGGCCUCCAAGAACUCUACCGACGCAACAUCGAAGGCGAAGGCUGGCCCGGCGAGCAGCUGAAACUGGAACCCAACGGUCAUCCACUCACUCACGACCUACUUAUGCGCCUCGGUGCCCUCGACAGUUCCAAGGGCGAACGCUUCGAAGAGAACCCCGAAACCUUGCAGCAGGAUCUAUGGCACACCAACUCCGGCAUGCAACGCCAGGAAUCGACCGAUGGCGGGUCUGAUAGCCCCCAAUCACCGGCUGCUCGUUCGCGCUUUUCAUCAGAUGCGUUCUCUCAGCAACAUAUGCCGCCUACGCCGCCCACCUAUAGCCCGUCCACGCGCGCGCCCAUCAAGCCCGAGCCUCAGAUGCCCAACACUCCACAAUUCGCCCAACCCAUGUCCAUGCAAGGUGUGGUCAACCCGCUCGCUCUUCAGGGUCCACAGCAGUGGCCCAGCAACGGGUUUAAUCCUUUCGAUGAGAUGGAUCUGAUGUCGACGGCGGAUUACUCCAACAUAUCCUUUGACGACCAACAACUCUCGCCCAUGUUCAAUCGCCAGGUGCCCAUGAACUGCAUGUCUCAAGGGUCAUAUUUAGACUCCAAGAACGACUACGAGGAUUUCAACCAGUUCCUCAAUCCCAAUCCCACUGAGAUUACUUCGAUCUAA